AAAACCUGUCUCGGUUGCACAGCAGCAUCCACGCGUCAUGAAGUCUCCGUUGGGGAAACACACCUCAGGAGUUGGUUUACCAAGAGAUAUUUAAACAUACCCCAGGAACUUUACUGGCCAUAGAGUAUGAGAGAAGAAGACAUCAACUGCUCCAGCCUCCCCACUGCCAACUGCUCCAGACUCUCCACUGCCAGCUCUUCCACGUUCCCGAAAUCCAUCUGCUUUACUCUGCCCACUUCCAGAAGUCCUGACUCCUAUCCCAACUACUCCACUAUCUCUUCUCCCAAUUGUUCAUCCCCCCACUAAUUCAGAAUGCGUAUCACUUCCCAUUACCACAUGCUCAGCCCUACACUCUUCAGACUUGUCUGAAGCUCCACUCCUGACAGCUCCAUUUCCAGCUCUUCUGAUCCUUACUUGGUCCCUCAGACUAGAUACUCCCCAAGGCACUUUCUGGACUCUCCAUCUCUAUCAAUGACUGACUGUCCUAUUCUCCACUCAUAUAGCCAACCACCUUGUUCUACCUGGAACUUUGUCUCUGCUUCAAAUGGUCCAUACCUCUCUAACUCUAACAACUCCUUUCUAUACUCUUCAAGAUGUGACGAUUUCCUUAAUUUUAACAAUCCUGUGGUCACAUCUAACUCCCACUAUCCUCAAUCUGUCAAUAUCUCUUCUUCGCCCUCUCAUUUAAUGGCACAGGACAUCUCCUCUCUCUGUCUUAUCUCCUUACCUGAUCCUCCUCCUAAUCUAGCUUCUCCCCCUGGUGGCCGCAGUUCACUCUUCUCCUCUGAUGGUUCUUCUGGGUCUUUUUCUAGCAGUUCUUGUAAAUCUAACUCACCCUUUAUACAUAGUGUCUUACCUGAGACUCUUCCCGGCCAUCCAAGUGAUCCCUUACUUUGCAUCCCCCCAAAUAUUUCCUCGCUCCCCCAAAGUGAACAUUCUUUCAAAUCCUCAACAUGUCCGUCUGUCACUUUGUGUAGCUGUCCAUUAUCUCAAGACCCUGCUGUAUUAAUCACCAUGCCACCCUCUGAAACAUCCCCUGCUUCUCCCACCUACCUGUCCCAUGUUGGUUUACCCAGUGAAUCAGAGCUGCAUAUUAUGUUACCAGAAGGAUGUAAGAUGUGCAACUCGUCGAUGGACAAAAAAGCCCAGAUGGAAAAUGACGGGAAGUUUUGUGACCAGUUCCUGGACUCUCUGUCUCGCUUUGAGGAUUGGCUUCAUUUGGCCCAAAUCACAUCUUCUCUUCCACCACGAACCCUACACAAAGAGGCCAAAGCAACCUUGAGCAGAUAUGAGAUGUUCCUCAGAGAAAUGAGGGAGAGGUUGUUGGACCUGGAAUCGUUAAACAGACAGUACUGGCGUCUUACACAGCUUCCCCACCGGACCGUGCUUCCUCGUGUUCUGCGUAGCAGAAUGCAGGAGCUAAACCAGCUCUGGGACCAUCUCCAGAGAGAGAUUGAGGCAAUACACGAGACAUUGAAGAAAAGAGUUCAGCAGAGAGAGGAGUUUGACAUGAACCAAGAAGAGAUGAGGUUGUGGCUGACUGAAAUGGACCAGGGAUUAUCCAGCGUAGAGUAUAUCAACAGUGGUAACCCAUCUGAAAAGAUACGUCAACUGCAGAUGUUCAAGGAGGAUGUGCGCAGUAACAUGGAACGGAUGGAAGAUCUUUUUGAACGGGGUGAUAACUUAAUCAAUGAGAGUGACCCAAAAGAUGCGGAGAUACUGGAGGAGGAAAUAGCGGAGCUUGGCAAUUACUGUCAAGAGAUAUUCAGCCACCUCUCCCGUCUACAAAAACGGCUCGUCAGUACAAAGCUGGUAUUUGAAGAUGACUUUUUGGAUGGGGAACUUGAAAUAAUGUCGACAGGCUCGUCCGAUGUAUUUCUAGAGGCGGGCAGUGAAGAUGGAGUAUGCCUGAGGCAAUCUGUGCCUCCGUCAGGAUCUGUUCCAUAUCUGGAAGGGGCCGCCAGGGGGGCUUUGGAGGUGGAUCUGGAGUGGGAUCCUUUGGGUGAUGUUGGAAGAGCAAGCUCAAACGAUGAACAAGAGUCUUUCUAUACAACUGCCUCAGUUGACCCAUUUCCACGUACAUUUAUGAAGACCAGUGGGUCCCAGAGCAGCUUUAACUCCAACCCUUUGGCUAUACAUGGCAGUGCUGAUGACCUGGUUGAUACAGAGCUGCAGGGAGAUUAUCAGGACCUUUACAUGCCUUCUGUGAGCCCCCCAAAAUUGGAGAACAAAACAGAAGACAAGGAAUGUCAGACUUCAGCUCCAACAAUUGACCAUCGGUCCACACAGGUGCUGUAUAAUUAUUUACACGGAAGCAAGAUGCAACCGGAAUUAAACGGCCCAUUUCUAUCUUGUCUGCUUGGUAAGGAUGAGUUUGGCUUUAAACAAAGGAUGGACCAGCUGAAUUCAUCUGGAGAUGACAUGAAAGGGAUUCUUUGCAAUGAGCCACCAGACUCCCUAGUUUCUAAUAGUAAUUUAAAGCACAAUCAUUCAGAGCAUAGAAGACGCCAUGGAAAGAAAAAACGAUUGAAACCGACUCGUGUAGAGCCUGCUGUCCAAGAGGUGUCUAUUCUCAUGGAAGACGGAAAUACCCUUUUUCCGUGUGGUCCUCGUAGAGAGUGUUGUCCCUUCCUGGAUUGCUCGCGUUCAUGGUUUAACCGCCUGGUGUCAUUGACUCUUUUGUUCCUGGUCUUGGCAGCUUCUCUCUUUAUUCUUCCCAUAAAUCGGUCUGGCUGUCUGUCACAACGCUUUGCCUGGUCUCUGAUGUUAACAUAUGUAAAUGGACCUCCCCCCACGUAGUCACAAUGUCCUUGAGAUGUGUCCAGGACCAGUACUGAGCCUGAACAGAGACCGUGGCAAUGAGAGGCAUACAAUCUGAAGGCAGGAGGUCAUUCUGUUUGAUUGUCAGAGACUUUCUGCCUCCAUGGUGAUAAAAUAACAGUUAUUUUAACUUUACAAUGAACAACCAAAGGUCUACUGCAAUGGAUUCAAACUCCGCCCAUGAGGACCGCAAUCCUGAUAGGAUUUUACUAUUUUAAUAAUUAACACUGCACUGUGCAUCUGUCGCCCAUCUACACCCUGACGAGUUUGGUUUUAACCUAAAAUCCAGAGUCAGCCCCAGGAAGAUAGGAGUUUAGCUCUUGUUAUUAGAACAUACGGAUGAAUUAAUAUCUCUGCAAAGAAAGAGUUUGGGGAGACAGAAUGGGUGAAGGGGGGAAGUGGUGAUUGUGGUGCGUGUAAGAAAUAAUGUUUACAUUGGAGAAGGAGAAUGGUUGG